AUGAUUAUCUUAGACGAAGCAUACCAACGGUUUAAAAUCGGAACUGGAUUAACAAAUGAUGAAACACGCGUACAUUUCGUAGACGAGGAAAAUUUUACGCAGAAGAUUCAAGAUCUGGGAAAAAUAUACAGUGUAGCUGGACAGUUUCAUCAAAUCUGGGUUCAAGCCCAAAUCUUUCUUGGUGGUGGUGAUGAAAUGGAGAAAAAUGCUGCAGCUUUGCAUACAGCUAUGAAUGCAGUGCAGGCACUGGGAAGGGGCUUUGAUGUUAACUAUGAUACGAGGUUGCUUUAUUGUAAAGGAGUGGCAGGGUCAAGAAUUGUGGAAAUUGAUGAAGAGCACCAGAGGGAUUUAUAUCUGACGGAUAAUUUGGUUGUCCCUAAUGUCUCGAGGGACAUUAAGAAUUACCAGCAGGCCUGGGGCCGAGAUGGCUUUGGUGUUUGCAGUUAUAAUGAGAUGGUGGAAUACUUCAAUAAAAAGGCUAAUAUCUCUGGACACAUUCCUCUUGGUAGUUUCAAUGCUGUGUUCAGCUUUACUGGUUCUAAGCAUGUAGAUGCUGCUGCCACAAAGUCGCUUUGCAUGGAUGGAAUUUUCAUUCCACUAGCUAAGAUUCAAAUUAUCAAAUAUCCCAUGGUUUUGCAUGAAAAUGUUAGAAGAGCAGUCCCAACAUCAUGGGACCCACCAGCCCUGGCCAGUUUCAUUGAAAAUUUUGGGACUCAUGUUAUUAUGUCUGUAACUAUUGGCGGUAAAGAUGUAAUCUACGUCAAGCAGCACCUAUCUUCACCUUUGUCCACCAUGGAAAUAAAAAAUUAUGUUCAAGAUAUUGGGAACCAAAGGUUCUCUUCUGCAGAAGGCCUUACAAAUUCAGGUUUAUUGAAGUCCAAAGAUAAGGGCAGUGACCCAUCUUUGUUUAACAGCCAAGGGAUAUACCCACAACCUGCCAAUGCACCUUAUCUCUCUGGGAACGGCAAAGAAAGCCACACUCAAUGGGUUAGAACAGUCCGAUCUUCUCCAGAUGUCAUUGAGAUGUCAUUUGUUCCAAUAACAGAACUUCUUGAAGGAUUUAGAGGGAAGGAGUAUCUGGCACGUGCUAUAGGUCUAUACCUUGAAUACAAGCCUCAAAUUGAAGAAUUGAGAUAUUUCCUAGAAUUUCAGGUCCCUCGGAUAUGGGCCCCUGUACAGGAUAGAUUUCCUGGACAACCAAGAAAGGAGCCUGUUUGCCCAUCAUUGCAGUUCAGCAUGAUGGGGCAAAAGCUAUAUGUCAGCCAAGAGCAAGUAUCAGUUGGUCGCAAGCCUGUGACUGGUAUGCAAUUAUGUCUUGAAGGAAUCAAACAAAAUCGACUUAGUAUUCAUCUUCAGCAUUUGGCAUCUCUUCCUAAGAUUCUCCAGCCCUACUGGGAUACGCAUGUUGCAAUAGGUGCUCCAAAAUGGCAGGGUCCCGAAGAACAAGACAGCAGAUGGUUUGAGCCAGUGAAAUGGAAGAAAUUUUCCCACGUCAGCACUGCACCCAUUGAAAACUCUGAGACCUUCAUAGGAGGUGAUCUCUCGGGCGUGUACAUUGUCACUGGAGCUCAACUCGGAGUGUGGGAUUUUGGGUCGAGAAAUGUCUUGCAUAUGAAGCUUUUGUAUUCAAGGCUUCCAGGAUGCACAAUACGUAGAUCAUUAUGGGAUCAUGUUUCGAACGAUAAGUCAAGAAAACAGUUUUCCAUUGGAAGCAACUCCGACGACUCGAGCUCAAGCUCUGGGGAAAAUAGUGUGGGUAACAAGUUGGCGAAAUUUGUCGACAUGUCAGAAAUGAGCAAGGGCCCACAAGAUCCUCCAGGACACUGGUUAGUUACCGGAGGAAAACUCAGUGUAGAGAAAGGGAAAAUUGUAGUUAGAGUGAAGUAUUCAUUGCUCAAUUACUGA